UUAUUAAACAAAGCUCCUUCCUUCUUUCGAAGAAACAGGAAAGUCACCAUGGAUAUUGUCAAUCAGUUGCAGAGACAGUUCAUUGACCAUUCCACAUCGCUGCAUCGUGAGGGAUUUGUGGAUGGUCAAUUUACUGAACUCCAAAAGCUGCAAGAUGAAAACAGCCCAGAGUUUGUCGUCGAGGUUGUCUCUCUUUUCUUUGAAGAUUCUGAGAAGCUUCUUAACAAUAUGGCCAGAGCACUUGAGCAAACACAAGGUGUUGAUUUCAAGCAAGUAGAUGCUAGUGUUCAUCAGCUUAAGGGUAGUAGUUCCAGCAUAGGUGCAAUUAGAGUUAAGAAUGCAUGCAUCGCCUUUCGAAGCUUUUGUGAGGCCCAAAACCGUGAAGGGUGA